GUGGUUUUGACAAUGAAGGGUUUUGGUGCAUGGCUCGACUUCUUUGGGGGAGCCAAUCCUCGGAGCCGCCCCGCCCCAUUCCUCGCACAAAUACUGGGAGCAUUCAUUCGUCGGCGUCUCAGCAGUUUUCCUUCUAUGGGGAAAUGGAUACUAUAGGUAGGAUUCCUGGAGAUAUGACUGUACGCACUCAGAAAUGUUGCAGUUAGCUUCCCCGCGUCCCAGGCCACUAUUACCAGCCGAACUGCUGACACAAUUAGUGUUGUGACUCCAGAAGCCUGGGGUUUGCUGUUGCCCCACGUCCAUCGAUUUCUCACAAGUUUUAUGAAGUGCAGCCGAAGUCGACUCUGAAUGACAGUACCUCGAUUGAGAAAUGACCUUGGUGAUUUCGAUGAGCAGAUUAUGCGAUCUUCCUGUUGAAGAACCCUCAGAUAUCCCGGAGUACGUGCCCAGCUGGGAAGAAUCUUUCAGCAAAACCACAGUGAUCCCAGACCAGACUAAAUACGGAGAGCCCACAGAAUCACCUUGCAAAGGAAUCUCAAAUUUUCUAACAACGUCCAAGAUAGCAUACUUCAAACGGAAAUAUGUGGAAGAUGAAGAUCUUCAUCCACCUGCUCACACCUGCUGCCAAAGAGCACGGAACUUGGCUGUUCCUGAGGAUCGCACCCACAUACUUCGUUUAUCACUGGAAAAGUUAAGGUUUAUUGAAGAUCCGGAAGUAUUUCUGCGGCGUUCCGUGCUGAUCAACAAUUUGCUGAAACGGAUUCGAGGAGAAAUGCAGAAUGACUGGUAUUUAUCUGCCUGCUCAUUUGGGGAAACACCAACUCAGGAUUGGUUCGGAUCACAGGAAUCAACCUAUAGGAAGCGACUGCGGAUUGCCAAAGAAUAUGACAGCAGCCUGCAUAAUUGCUGCUUUUAUCAAGACUGUGGUAAUCAAUAUUCAAUGAUACCUUUCUCUGUUUAUAAUGGAGAGGGGGCUCCCUCUUCCUUGCCUAGCUGUUCUCGUCAGAGUAUGGACUGUUCUGAAGCUUAUGGAGGCCAUAAUGCACAUCCCCGGGUUGAGGUGGCAACCAGUGCAGUAUCUGAUGUAUAUGAGAACAUUGGAAAGUUGUAUGAUAAGGAAAGCAAUGAGGAAGAUGAACAGCAAAAGGAAAGUAGCACAAUGAAACAUACUUCCAGUGAAAGGGCCAUUCCCCUUGUGUGCAGUGAUAAGGUGGUUGAUUGUAAUUCAACUGGCUUCAAAAACGAUGGUAUGGUUCCAGCUGAAUCUCCGUUAGAGCCUGACAUAUUAAAGCAACACGUAGGUGAUCACAAACUUCGCUGUCUAAAGGAAGCAAAAUUGGAAUCAUCAUGUUUUGUGAUGGCAGGGCCCAACAAUUUAACAAGUAUAGCAAAAAGUACCUGCCGGGUCAGUGACACAUAUUAGCAUAAAUGCCCAUUACAGAAGCUGCAGUUCAAUCUUUAUCAUCAUGCUGAAGCACUUUAUGCUAUUAUUGAGACAAGAUUCUGAAGAGAAAAAUAAUCACAGAAGAAAAUAAACUUACAUGGUUUUUGGUUUGUUUACUCAGAUUGUCUAUGACAUCGCAUUGAGAUUUUAUGUAAUAGGCUGUUGUCUAUACUAAAAUUAAGAACAUGUGAUUUAAGGUGCCUUAAAUUUGUUAUGACAGUGUUAAAAAGUUUGCAGGACAAUACAAGUCAUCUUUUGGGGUAAGCUGUAUGAAGUUUUAUACUAUUUUCUUACAUUUUAGCUUGCCACAGAAUGUAAGGUCCAAUCCAUACAAAGCAAACAUUUUUGACUUUAUUUUAAAAUUCACAUUUCAAUAGAUGAUGUGUAUAAUUUAAAUCUGUUCUGUGGAUAAUAUUCUCCUGUAGUCCAACAAUGGAGUGAUCGUUCCCAGUAGCAAACUGCUCGAGUAUUUCCAUAGCAACAGAUAGACUUGCAGAGAAUGAAUUUUGUUUUGUAAGAUCUGCAAAUUGUUGGCUGACUUUGUUUUAACUACAUUUCUUUGUGAACUCAGAAAUUAACAUUUUUUUAAAGCUGGUUUCCUGCUAUUUGCUGAAAAUCCCAAUCCAUUUUAAUGACAUAGCCAUCAAUGACGACAGUAGCAUGAUGUCUUGAUUGUAGACACCUUCAGUUGUAACUGGAUAAUAAAACUUUGGGAGCAGUACCUAGUUCAUAGGAGGAAUGGAAAAUGCUCUCCUUAAAACACUUGCAUUCAGAAUGAUCGUGUUGUUCACCUUAAGGCAUUAGCUUUUUUAAUGUGACAGUGGGCAACAUCUAUGUUUCCAAUGCAAAUUGUACAUGCUUUUUUUAACAAUCAAAAAAAAUAUAUGGGGUCCUUUUCCACGUGGUAUGAUAAAUUGGUACAUAUUAGUGUUUUACAGUAAAAUGUGAUUUACAUGUAAAAUAUUUAUUAAACAGUAGAUCAUCUUACACAGGCUGAGUAGUUUGAAACAAAUUGUUCUUGGAAAAAAAUGGAAUACUAAGUCGGCAGGUUACAAGAAAGAAUGGAAAAUUAUUUAAGACAAUCAAUCAGGUUUGCUCUUGGCCAAGUUUUCGGGUUAAGAGAGGGCACGAUUGUUUCUUGGUAACAAAUACACAUGAUCAAAAGAGGAGGUACUUGCAUUUAUUCCUGACCUAAACAAAUUUUUUAUAAAUCCAAAAAGAACAUUUGGGGUGAAAACAAUUCAGUAGGACCUCUGAUGCUGGGUGGAAUCUUACAGGGGUCUGAACAACGUGGGCUAUGCUGAAAUUUAUGACAGAAUUGCAUAAGACAUCUGGCAAGGUCUAUCUCAAUGUUAGCAGCAACUUGCUGCAUCUAAUGUGAACUUGUCGAGCAGCGAGGCAAGUUUCUUACCAGGCAGCGGUGAGUUGCCUAUUAAAGGUGAUUAAAGCUUGUUAAAUGCCUCA